AUGCUCCCGGAUGCGAUGCUGGUUUCCAUGGGGCCUGAACGACCUAAGGUGUCAGAGGAUUGCAUCAUACUCGGUCAACACCCUGAUGUGGACUGUAUGGACCAAACCAGUGAUGAGGCGAACACCCGAGACCAAGAUGUAUCAAAACGUCAGGCUCACCUGCAUCUGGUUGAAACAAACCAUGAUGACUUGGCUGUCAAUGCCCAGUUCAAGCGUGUUCUCACUGGACUCGCAUGA